AUGGCUCUCGACCCGCCCGAUCCGGCCGCUCUGGGUCCCGAUACUUCGGACUCGCUACCACAAUGUGUAUGCUAUCUACACGAUUUCACUUUUCCUCCAGGAGAAGACGGAUCUCCUAUCGUGUCAAUCUCCACGUUAUCAGUCGAGGACGACAUCCUCGGCAAAUCUGAACUACCACGAGUAGCGGAUUGGUCCCCUCUCACUUUUCGAUGGCUCCAUGUGCCAGUCAACAACAUGGCGUGGGUCAAGCUUCCCUAUCUGAACUGGGACACGUAUGAAAACUUUACAAGGCUGCGAGAUACGUACAAUGUGGGGCCUGAGGCUGUGUCUAAUUCCCCCGAGUCAACAAGAGAGGGACUACAGCAGAGUGUUUCGUCCAAGUAUCUGAACCACGAUCCUCCGCUUCAUCCUCGACGAUCACUAGACCAGUUUUACUACUCUUCUCUGAGUGACACCAGAGAAAGGGACGCAGACCAGACUGUGUCUAAAUGGACCGGAUCACAGAGCAAAAUUGCCGAAGAUGGAAGAGACGAGGCGGAGCGAGACAGUCUCAUUGUCAUGGUAGAUCAGCUCUGGGUCUGGGUACUCAAUGAGCACUUCAUAGUGUCCUUCUUCCCUUCACACGACUUUCAGUUCAAUGACCCCUCUACAUUCAGCGCGGAUUCCCCCUCGAGCACCUCCAAGUUUAGAGAUCUCUACUCCAGCAUAAAAUUUCAUUCUGGACAGUGCAAAAAUGUCUACGACUUGAACUCGUUGAUUGUCGAACAGGCCAUGACUUCUCUGUUCGGCCUGGAAAACAGGAAGUUUGGGGAUUUGCUAGGCAUCUAUCGGUGGGCCAUUGGAAACAAGAGCGCCCGACAAACCAUCUACUUUCAAGACUUCCAUCGUGAACAGUCGGAUAUCAGCUUAUCAAGCCCAGCGUACAACGACAGAAAGGAGCUCAAACUCGUCUUGGAAGUGGCUGACGUUCUUGACGAACUCAACAUGCUCUACAGGCUCAUGGAAAAGCAACAAGAAGUGCUCGGGUCGCUUCGGAGCGCUCUCCAUAACCUCAUCCCCGGCGCUGAGGACCGCACAGUUCGGCCAAAUGUGUUGGUGCACCAGAGAGGCGAUGGCCACAUGGACCUUCAGGGUUCCGGGUCCUUUUCAGUGACGCAGGACGGCGAUGGGUUUGUUAGGCUGAAUGCCGAUCACGGAAAUCAUACGAAGGAGAUACGAGGGCUUGCCGGUAAACUGUCCAAGAAAGCGAUGCGAGAGUUGGGAACCAUCAUGAAAGAAUUGGGCGGGAUGAAGAGCGAUGCCAAGUACACACACAAAAUGGUUCUAGAUUUGCUAGACCUAAAACAAAAGUCGGCGAAUUUAGUAGAAGUCCGCUCAUCCACCAAGCAGGGCCGAGCCGUCAUGCUGUUCACCAUCUUCACCAUCAUCUUUCUCCCCCUGUCAUUUUUCACCUCGUACUUUGGGCAAAACGUGUCGGAGAUAACUGGCGACGAUCAGAACCCAAGAAGCGCAGAUCUCUGGAAGAUUGGAGGACCGAUUAGCGUCGCGGUCAUUCUCAGCGCAUUGCUGAUUGCAUAUUAUAUUAGCAAUCCUGAAAGUCGACUUUGGCAUCUGCGGCGCUGGUGGAGACCUCGUAUGGAUGGAAGUUCCCAUCAAAUGUGCUAA